CCCAGUAAGCGGACGCGGGGAGCGGUGUGUCUUUUUAGCGGGGCUGCGAAUGACUGACUGCGGGGGCAAACGACAGCGGCUGUACGGAGACAUGUCAGACAACCAGAGUGGGAGCUCCUCGGGCUCCGAAGAGGACUUAAAGCCGGAACCGGGACACGACGUCGGCAUCGACGAAUUCAGCGGAGUUCUCAAUAAGUGGACAAACUAUAUCCAUGGCUGGCAGGACCGUUGGGUGGUGCUGAAGAACAACACACUGAGCUACUACAGGUCUCAGGAUGAGAGAGAGUAUGGUUGUCGGGGGUCGCUCUGCCUCAGUAAAGCUGUUGUAAUUCCCCAUGAGUUUGACGAGUGCCGCCUUGACGUCAGCGUAAACGACAGUGUGUGGUACCUGAGAGCCCAGGACCCGGAGCGCAGACACCAGUGGAUCGACUCCAUCGAGCUUAACAAGAGUCUCAGCGAGGGGAAGAGAGAGAAGGGGGGAAUCCAGGAAUCUGCCGUCAUCCGUCCACUGCUGCCUGAGUCCGGAUACGGCUCAGAGUCCAGCCUGCGGAGACAUGGUUCCAUGCUAUCUCUCGCCUCAGCCACCAGUGGCUACUCUGCUACUUCCACCUCCUCCUUCAAGAAGGGUCGCAGCCUAAAAGAGAAGCUGGCAGAGAUGGAGACCUUCAGAGACAUACUGUGUCGGCAGGUGGACACGCUUCAGAAAUACUUUGACAGCUGUGCGGACGCCGUAUCCAAGGACGAGCUGCAGAGAGACAAAAUGUUUCAGUCCUUAAGUCAUAAAGGCGUCAGCAGCAUAGAUUUCAAAGGCGAGGCCAUCACAUUCAAGGCUACCACAGCUGGAAUCUUAGCUACUCUCUCCCACUGUAUUGAUCUCAUGGUGAAGACAGAGGAUAGCUGGCAAAAGAGACUCGAUAAGGAGAUGGAGAUGAGGCAGCUGAUGGAGAAGAGCUAUAACUUAGCCCUCAGUGAGAUAAAGAAGAAGUCUCAUUUUGGAGGUCCAGAUUAUGAGGAAGGUCCAAACAGCCUCAUCAAUGAAGACGAGUUUUUCGAUGCGGUUGAAGCUGCUCUUGACAGGCAAGACAAGAUAGAGGAACAGACCGAGAAGACCAGAAUACAGAGGUCCAGCCCGGUUUCCUCAGGAGACAUCUACUCGGCUGCUGGGACACACAGAUUCUCUGAGAAGGUGGAGGAAAUGGUACGGAGUCACAUGACCUAUUCCCUGCAAGAUGUGGGAGGGGAUGCCAACUGGCAGUUGGUGGUUGAGGAGGGAGACAUGAAGGUGUACCGGAGGGAGGUGGAGGAGAACGGCAUUGUGCUGGACCCGCUGAAGGCCACCCACUUGGUGAAGGGUGUGACCGGUCACGAGAUCUGCCUCUACUUUUGGGACACGAAGUACCGCAGCGACUGGGAGACAACCAUUGAGAACUUCAGCGUUGUGGAGACGCUGUCGGACAGUGCAGUCAUUGUCUAUCAGACGCAUAAGCGAGUGUGGCCUGCAUCUCAGAGGGAUGUGCUGUUCCUGUCGGCCAUGAGGAAGGUCCGGGCUGAUGAUGAGAAUGACCCAGACACGUGGCUGGUCUGCAACUUCUCCGUGGACCACAACGAUGCCGAACCAACCACCAAGUGUGUUCGUGCCAAAAUCAACAUCGCUCUGAUCUGUCAGACCCUAGUCAGCCCACCAGAGGGAGACAAAGAGCUCAGCAGAGACAAUAUCCUGUGUAAAAUCACCUAUGUUGCCAAUGUGAAUCCAGGAGGCUGGGCUCCUGCCUCGGUGCUGAGAGCGGUGGCUAAGAGGGAAUACCCCAAAUUCCUGAAGCGCUUCAGCUCCUUUGUCCAGGAGAAAACGGCUGGGAAGCCCAUACUCUUCUAAGACACACAGUGCACAUCACCAGUUCUGAGACAGAGGAACAGAACCCCAGCUCCAACUUGCAGUCCUGCUACAAGGCCAUAAAUGAAGGCCUUGUGGAUAAAUAAUCUGCUGUCCUUCACACACCGACCACAAACUGUUGACAGUCAUUCAGUUGCAGUGACCAGAAAGGUUUCCCCUCACGUGUCUUUAAUCCAGCUUUUACAGUGUUCAACUUUUGAUGCGCCGACCUGCAAGAAGCUCCAUCAAAUUUCAAAGUUGCGGUAGGGCCAGUAGGGGGCCCUCUAUCAUGUGGCGCUGGUUAGGGUUGUCCCCUAUGACCAGUUUGAAAGCUGUUGAAGUUUGUUUUUUGUUUGUUUUUUUUUCUGUAAAAGAAAUUCACCAAUAAUAACCCGAGGGAAGAUGCCCAGUAGUAU